CGGACAUCGGAGGCCGGAGUUCCUCCCGUCCAGAUCUCCGUCCCCUCCUCUCCGUCUCGGAGUGAGAGCUCAACUUCCCCAAGGCGCCGUUCCUCCUCCGCCGCAUCCCGAUCUGAUGGCUGGAUCUCGGAACUGGGCGGAUCUGCCGGACGGCCCGACGGCGCUCAUCGCCGACCGCGUCCUCGCGUACGACGUCGCCGACUACGUUCGCUUCCGCGCCGUGUGCGUUCCGUGGCGGCGGUGCUCGGCGGAUCCGCGCGCGCACGGCAGCCUCGACCGCCGUUUCCAUCCCCGGCGGUGGACCAUGCUCCGGGAGGAGCUCGCGCCGCCCAACCGCCGCUCCUUCCUGAACACCUCCACCGGCGAGUGUGUCCAGGUGGACCUCCCGGAGCUCCAUGACCACACUGUGCUCGCCCUCACCCCCGAGGGCCUCCUCAUUCUGCUCCACAAGCUGCAGCGCACCACCGUCCGCCUGCUCAACCCGUUCACCGGCCACCUCACGGAACUCCCGCCGCUCACCACGCUGGUACCUCCAGCGCACCACGGCAGGCUUAUGGCUGGUGUUUACCCUUCCCGAAGGAUGUUCGCAGCGUGGGGCUCCGGCAUUGCCAAUGAUGAUUCCACAGUGGUGCUCUGCUUCUACAAGCUCGGCGUGCUUGGCAUGGCAAAGCCGAGCGAUGACCACUGGACGUUGGUGAAAUGCAGAUUUAAUUCAAUGGGAGCACCCUUAAUGCUGGCAGGCCGCUUCUAUUGCAUUUGCUGGCGCAACGGUGCCAUUGUGCUGGAAACCAUCGUGGAUCAGCCCCCACGGCUGGAGGUGGCCUCCGAGCUGAAUUUGAGUGGCUCGCCGAUUAGGGAUAGUGUGCACCUGGUGAACAGCUGUGGGGAGCUCAUGCUGGUGCACCGUCGGAGUGGACCAUUGCCACCGGCGAAUAGAUUGGGUUAUUGGUAUGAUGCAUAUCGAGUGGAUUUGGACAAACGGACGCUAUUCCCGGUCAACAACUUGGGUGGCGCCGCUGGGCGUGCAGUGUUCAUGGGCAUGCAUUGCUCCCUAUCGGUGUCUCUAGAGAAUUUCCCUUCCGGUUCUAUAACUGCUGACACAAUCUACUUUACUUAGGCUUUGACAUUCCUGAGAGAGCAGGGUUUAAAGUGGUAGCAUAUCAUCUCACAGAUGGAAGCAUCGAAGGCACCAGCAGAUAUCAGGGUCGCUUGGUGCCACGGCCGCAUACUAUUGUUGACUGUCUAUCUUUAGCUAAUACUGUCUGAGGAGCUAUCCAAUUUCCUUGAUGUUUAGCAUGCAUGGAUGCGCGAUAUGUACUCUUGUAUCCCAUUUGGUUAGCUAGUAUUUAAGUCUAUGUAUCUAGCUAGAGUUAUGUAUGGAUGAAUGCUCUUAUUCUGCACACUC